AGAGAGAGAGAGAGAGAGAGAGAUGGCGUGGAAGGCAAAUUUGGUGGGACUGGUCCCAUUCGCAGCCAUGGUGAUGGUAGAAUCCUUUGAUGCGGGCCUAAGCACUGUGAGCAAAGCAGCUUUCUUGGAAGGAAUGAGCCACUUUGUCUUUGUUGUCUACUCAAAUGCCAUUGCCACUCUCAUCCUCCUCCCUUCUUCUUUCCUCUUCCACAGAACAACAAGACCUCCUCUGACUUUCUCUCUCCUCUGCAAAUUCUUCCUGCUAAGCCUUAUUGGGAUUACGGUGAUGCAAAACUGUGUAUUCACAGGGAUAAACUAUAGCUCACCCACCCUUGGAUCUGCCAUGAGCAAUUUGGUCCCAGCUUUCACUUUCUUGCUUGCUGUUCUCUUCAGGAUGGAAAAGGUAGAUUUUAGAAGCUCAAGAAGUCAGGUAAAGAUCAUGGGGACCUUGGUUUCAAUUUCAGGAGCAUUGAUAGUAACCCUCUACAAGGGUCCAACAAUUGGCUCCUCGCCAGUUCAAUCCCCACCAAUUUCCUCUGAAGACUCGUUUCCAUCACAAUCAUCUCUCUUCAACAUGUUGGCAACUGAAAGUAAUUGGAUUCUUGGAGGCCUUUUCCUUGCGAUUGCUUCUUUAUCUCUCGCAAUAUCUAACGUUUCUCAGGCAGCAAUACUCAAAGGGUACCCAUCAGAAUUGACAAUAGUGGCAUUCUUUAACUUGUUUGGGACAAUUCAGUGCACGGCUCUUUCAUUAUUUGCAGAAAGAAACAACGCAGAUGCCUGGAAAUUAAGCCCUGAUAUCGAGCUCAUCUCAGUUAUCUACUCAGCUGUGUUUGGCGGUGUCGUAAGUUAUUCCGUCCAGAUAUGGUGCAUACGCAAGAAAGGUCCUGUGUUUGUGGCCAUGUUCAAGCCAAUAAGUAUUGUUAUUGCUGCAUUAUUCAGUGUCAUUUUCCUUGGGGACACACUUCAUGUUGGAAGUGUGAUCGGAGCAAUUGUAAUUGUGGUGGGUUUCUACGGAGUGAUUUGGGCACAAUCAACAGAAGAGGAAAACGAAAGCCAUGGAGUUGAUCGGCUGCCUUCAUCCUCAGACACGACUCCCCUGUUGCAGACUCACAUGGUUGCAUAAAAGAAAGAACUUUUUAGUCACAUAAUCAAUCAGUUGCACCAUCCAUUGCCGCUUCCGAUUCUCGCGUUGU